GCAAACUGACAGUCCUUUGCUUCUCUUCCAGAUUCAUGAGAAGCUGCACUGCUACGAGAAGCAGAGCCCCAGGCCCAUUCUGCACAGCGCUGCAGCCUUGGCCGGAGACCUGGCUGACGAGCUCCAGGGCAAGCCAUGCAGCCAUGAUGUCAGAGAGCUAUUGAAACUGCUGUCCAAACCCAGCGUGAAGGCCUUGCUGUCUGUACACGACACUGUGGCUCAGAAGAGUUAUGACCCUGUGUUGCCGCCCAUGCCUGACGACCUUGAUGAGGAGGAGGACUCCGUAAAAAUCAUCCGCCUGGUCAAAAACCGAGAACCGCUGGGGGCUACCAUCAAGAAGGAUGAGCAGACUGGCGCCAUCGUGGUGGCUCGGAUCAUGAGAGGAGGUGCUGCAGAUCGCAGUGGGUUGAUUCACGUUGGUGAUGAGCUCCGAGAAGUGAACGGGAUCCCAGUGGAAGACAAAAGACCCGAGGAAAUCAUACAGAUCCUGGCACAGUCUCAGGGAGCCAUCACAUUUAAGAUUAUACCCAGCAUCAAAGAGGAGACACCCUCCAAAGAAGGCAAGAUGUUCCUCAAGGCCCUGUUUGACUAUGAGCCCAGUGAGGACAAGGCGAUCCCGUGUAAGGAGGCCGGACUUGCAUUCCGGAAGGGCGACAUCCUUCAGAUCAUGAGCCAGGACGACCCCACAUGGUGGCAGGCGAGGCACGAGGGCGACGCCAACCCCCGGGCAGGCCUGAUUCCCUCCAAGCAUUUCCAGGAGAGGAGAUUGGCCCUGAGACGAACAGAGGUAUUAGUUCAGCCCCUGAAAGUCUCCAACAGGAAAUCAUCUGGCUUUAGAAGAAGUUUCCGGCUAAGUAGAAAAGAUAAGAAAACAAAUAAAUCCAUGUAUGAAUGCAAGAAGAGCGACCAGUAUGAUACAGCUGACGUGCCCACCUAUGAGGAGGUGAUGCCAUAUCGGCGACAGACGCACGAGAAGUACAGGCUGGUCGUCUUGGUUGGCCCCGUGGGAGUUGGGCUGAAUGAACUGAAACGGAAGCUGCUCAUCAGCGACACCCAGCACUACGGCGUGACCGUCCCCCAUACUACAAGAGCAAAACGAAGCCAGGAGAGUGAUGGCGUUGAGUACAUUUUCAUUUCCAAGCAUUUGUUUGAGACAGACGUACAGAAUAACAAGUUCAUUGAAUAUGGAGAAUACAAAAACAACUACUAUGGCACCAGUAUAGAUUCGGUGAGGUCUGUGCUUGCCAAGAACAAAGUUUGUUUGCUGGACGUUCAGCCCCAUACGGUGAAGCAUUUAAGGACACUCGAAUUCAAGCCGUAUGUGAUCUUUAUAAAGCCCCCGUCUAUAGAGCGACUCAGAGUGACAAGGAAAAAUGCCAAGAUCAUUUCUAGCAGGGAUGACCAAGCAGCUGCGAAGCCCUUCACGGAAGAAGACUUUCAAGAAAUGAUUAAAUCAGCACAGAUAAUGGAAAGUCAAUAUGGCCAUCUUUUUGACAAAAUUAUAGUAAAUGAUGAUCUCACCACGGCAUUUAAUGAGCUGAAAACAACUUUUGACAAAUUAGAGACAGAUACCCAUUGGGUCCCAGUGAGCUGGCUGCAUUCAUAACUAGGAGGAAACUCCAGCAUCAUCUUGUCUUUUUGAUUGAGUGCAUGAUUACAUUAGUUGCCGUUUUGGUGGUGGGGUUUUUUUUUUCCGUCGGUGUCACUGUCACAGCUGGUUUUUUGUGUAUGUCUCUUACAGCCUUAUUUGAAACACAAUGAGUGAAUUUAAGAUCCAGAAUCAAAAUUUGCACAGUACUGUUUUUCACGCACAAUGUGGAGCCUCCUUGUCAUCCUUAGUAGAAAAAUCCAGUGGGAGGCUGGAUUUUUUUUUCCCUAAAGAACUGCAGCUGGAGACUUGGGGUACGCUGGUGUCCGGCGCGUCUUCCCAUCCCCAAGGUGGGCCCGACCAUCCAAGCCUGCCUGUUAGCCACAGACGCCUUAACGAGUGGCCUUGGCACUACUCCACCCAGCCGGGAGCACUCGGCUGCUUCCCAUGUGGCACAAAAUAGAUGGGCAGAGCUGACCACGAGGCAGAUGGCACACCUGGCCCUGGCGUUUACAGGGCUGCGUUUUAAAGAUCCUUCUUGAAGGAUCCUUCUUGAACGUUGACCUUAAGUAACUGCCAAGUGACAGCUUGAGAAGUCCUUAGGGGCACAUGGCUGCAAAUAUUUAAUAAGGGAAAAUGCGUUUUGUUUUUUUUUUUUAAUCAUGAGAUGUGCAACUAGCAACCCUCCCUUCAGGCAUUCAUUGUAAGAAGAACAAUAAUACGUUGGGGCAGUAGAUGAUGACAGUUUUUAUCUCUAACUCCUCACGGAGACCCCUUCUGGGGCCACCCAAACCGUUAGUUGUGUUUGAAGUGGCUUUAGACUUUCCCAGUGUAUCUGACAGCCUGAUCCCCACCCCGAAGCCCGUGUCGUGACUCAAGAGGAUGCCAUCAUUGUGUAGGUCUGUGCGAUGAGUGAUGCCCCAAACAUGUCAAUUUCAUUAGGAUGUGCUUUAGAAAAUUCUUGACGUUUGUGUUAACUUUUUUUUUAUCAGCAAAACAGUUGUUCAUGCCAGCCAGAGCUAUUGUUAGAGAUCCAGGAGAGACGCUUAAUGAGCUGAACAUUGGGCGGGGUCGUUCCUUUCCCUUCACUACUGCUGAGCUGCAAGUGAAUGGUACCGUUCAGCCUGUUGGAAAUCCGCACAUUCUAACGACAGGUUAGAAUGUGUGUUGCAUCUGUGAGUUUCAUACAGAAAGAAAUUAUUUUUUGUUGAUCUAUAAAGAGAGUUUAAAUGUCAUGUUUAAAGAAAAAUAGAAUGUAGCUAAAUUUUAUAUAUUUAUGAACUGUUUGAAAGGCAUAUUUUUUUAAUGAUCAGAUGAGGCUAUUCAUAAAAUAAAUUGAUUAUAUGUAAAGAUGUCAUAAUUUAAGAUAGUUUUCUAAUUGGAGGUCAACAUUCCAUGUAAAUACUGACAUAGCCACAAGUGCACUCUACUUGGUCGAAUCAGCCACUGGGCAUCUUCAGGGAGAAGAAGCACAUUUGGAGACGUGAGACGCAGUCACCAAUCACCCAGUGUCAUUUCACAUCAGCCGAGUUGUGAGUUCUGAGUUUCUCAGUGGCCAGAUCUGAUUUUUGAAAACCUGUCGUCCUGUGGCUGGUCUGAGAAGAGUACCAGUCUCGGUUCGGGUAGAGCGUUGGAUUUGUGAAACACUAACGAGGAUGUCCUCUAGUGGAAGACCUCUGCUACAAAGAGUGAAGGCAAUGUCAGCAGUCCUCUGAGGCACGCAGGCACAGGAGGGCUGAGUCUGCCCUCUGCAGCUGCGCUGAGGUCCUUUGUGAGUCCGUGUGCCCUGGCUCUUUGUUUCAAACCAGUUUCAGACUGGAAGCCCUGCCCUUCUCGAGAAAGCGGGUAGAGAUGGUGACGGCGAUGAGGCAGUGGCAAUCGGGUGUUAUAAAAAUGAAACUGUCCUCAACUUUCUCCCUUCUUAGACCAGAUCUAAAGUGGUAUUUUCUUAAGUAAUAGAAAGAAAGCGCUUUGGAGAAAUCAGGUAGUGUAAUAGACACUGCUUCCUAAAUGGUUUCCUGUGGCCAUCUUCCCGGCUACACAGAUUUCAUUCCAAUCUAAUGGACAGGGCUAGCUCAGAGGGCGGGCCAGGAACCACUCAUACACAAAGGCCUCCGAUUCUGUGCCUUCCUCCUCCACAAAUACACACUGAGAUGAGCAGCGUCCCCUUGUCCUGGCAGCCUCGCCAGCCACCAUCGGAGGAAAGAGGUAUAUUGACUUGGGCAAGCCCUGCAUCGAACAUUCAAACCAAGAAGGAAAUUCUGUGCUCCCAUGAAUGCUAAACCAGAGUUGGUGAGAAACAAAUGGAAAAGGUGACGUUGGCAUUCUGUUUUUCAACCUGGAUUUGCCUGAUCACGAUGGCAGCUCUCCCUGAGAGUUUCCGAGGCCGACGUUCCAGGGACCAGAUGAUGACAGAGUGUCUAAAAGCGGAAUCGUUCACAAUGGACAACGACGAUAAGCCUGUUGGGGUUACAGGCAUGCCAUCCAAGUCUUCCCAAAGACCUUAGUACUUCCUUUCUUUCUGAGAAGCAAGAAUGUAUAAUUCAAUGUAAUGGAAAACCUUACAUCUUAAUAAAAUUGUGUCUUCAAAGGAU